CUACCUCCAUGAUUCGGCGAAUGAGGCUUCAUCAUGGCUGUCAGCAAAACACUGAUCUUUUGUGUAGUGUUGUUUAUCGUUGUUUCUUGCAAGGAGGUCUUCCCUGGUUCUGGUAAACGCGCUGGUAAUCAUGGUCAAAAUGCAAAGAAUGUCAUUCUACCGACUCCGGUUCCAUCCGAUUGUCUGAAGUGUAUUUGCAUUGUGGAAUCCGGAUGCAAGAUGCCCAACCCUCUGUGUCAGGUGGACGUCGGAUCUUUGUCAUGUGGUCCUUACCAGCUGAAGCAAGACUAUUGGAAUGACGCUAAGUUCAAAGGCGGUGACCUCGAUGGGUCUUGGAGAAAGUGUUCUGCUGACUUCGGAUGCAGCGGAGAUGCAGUCCAGGGCUAUAUGGCGCGCUACGCUGUCGAGAGGCGCCUCGGUCAUAUCCCUACGUGUGAAGACUUCGCCCGCAUACACAACGGCGGUCCCGAUGGUUUCAAUAAGACAUCAACCCUGAAGUACUGGGCCAGGGUGAAAGAGUGUCUCCAAUAAAGCGAGAAGGACAAUAUAGUCAGGUUGUCCUCCGAUGUAUUUUGUAGAUAUCAUUCCAUUCUUAA